AUGCUGACAAUUCGUUUCAAUUAUCAACAUAUACAGCGCGCCUCAUCGGUCAGCUGCACAGCAAGCAAAGUGCAAUCAACAGACGCUAACUCGCUGGAUCUUGAGAUUAAGGCUUUCAUCCAUCGCGCACAAUUUGGUACUGGAAGUGCACCCAGGGCAGGUUACUCGAGUGUGCGGAUCGUUUCAUGCCCUGUAGUGAGCAGCUCUUGGUCUCAUUCAGCCAGCUUGCAGCGCCCUUGGUCCAUCUUCACUUCAGCAUCAUCAGAAGCAAAUGGGUCCAAUGCCAAUGAGAUCAGGUUUGCUAAAUCAGUCGAGCCGCCGUCGUCGCCGCCGCCGCCGCCGCCGCCUCAUCUGAAAUGA